AUGCCGAUGUACACCAAGUUGGUGAACGGCGAUGCCGUGUCCGACAUCACCAGUCCCCUGAGGAUAGCGCUCCAGAUCCUCAUACUCCAGUGCUUCUACUACGUGCUGGCGCUAGUCAUUUUCUGGGCCGCCGCCAGCAUCUCCGGCUACGACUUCCACCUCGACUGGGUGUUCCUGUGGGAAUUGGUCGAUAUCGAGAACGCCCGGGGGAUAUUGCUCUUUAUACUUUGGCUAUUCGACUCGUUGCUAUGCGUGUUGUUUGUCACGUUGAUCGUGGGCCGGCUGAAGCUUGCGUGGGACUUUGCCCUCACGAUCCACAUCAUCAACUUGUUGGUGGUGUGGGGUUAUUCCGGCCGGUUCCCGACGCUGGCACUUUGGUGGUGUCUCCAGGUGCUUCUGGGAGUGCUCUUAGUGGUGCUUCUGACGUAUUCCACCCGGUGGAAAGAGCUUCGCCAGACGUUCUUCGACGACAUGUUGGAACGCGGGGAACGAGUGGCCGAGCCCGAGCUGAUCGAAAUGACUACCAUCGAGGGCAGUGCUCCCCGCGGAUAG